AUGUCUGUGUCCCUGCCUAGGACGGAGGGGCGGCAGAAAAAGACAGAUGAUUCGGGUCCGCACACACAGUACGGGGAGGACAAGCGGCAGAACACCACUGGCUUCAUCCUUCCCUGCCCUUAUCUCCCAGGCCGCAGACAUUUUGCAAAGCCUUCACGGAUACCGAGCCUUGUGAUGGAGGGACAGAUGAAGCGAUAUGAGGAAGAGGCAAAGGGGCAAAGAAACUCGGAGAAUUUAGAAGACAAACUAAAGAGUUUUGAAAUUUCCCAUGAGACGAUUUUGGUCCCCCAGUGGAGCAGCAGAAGAGACGCACAGAGCUCUGCACCUGAACCUGAACAUCUGGGAGGAAAUGUGGAUGACUCAGCGCAUGACAACAAUGACUGCGAGGAGGAACACUCGUCUGAUAAAUUAAGCUCUGACAGCAGACAGGGUUCCCCGUCUUCUAGCACCGAGCAGGACUUUCCUCUUCUAUCCACCAUCAAGGCUGGCAUUCAACCAUGUCCCACGGAGCCUCCAGCCUCCGGGAAGAUGCAUGGCCAGUGGGAGAUUCCCCUUUCACUCCAUCCAAAUGACAUCCCCACUGUCACUCUGGCAAACGUCAUGCCUGCCCAUGUGCAGGCUUGUGUCCAAGUUAAAGCAAUAGCACCUCAGGCAAACUCGGAGACCGACGUGUCACCAGCAGCAGCAGCAGCAGCAGCACAGAUGCCGCAGGAGACCUAUGACCUGCUGGCUGAUUUCCCAGCUCUGGCGCCUCCGACGAAGCCUUUGGUGAUAGGUGAAGUUCAUGGCUAUCCCAAGACCAAAAAUGCAAAGGGGAAAAAAGGGUUUACUUGCCUACUAAAUCCAUGCCAAGAGAGCGGGGCUUCCCAUCAGAGGAGGGAGGAAAAUGUGCCCCACGAGGUCUCCUCCAUCUGUGCAGGAGAUCAGAAAUCUGUGCCGGACCUCCAACCAUUUGGCUUGACCAGCCAUCGCAACUCUGCCACCAUCAGCUGCGAUGAAGAGAAGGGCCAAAACCAUGAGACUCCUACAGUUGCAGGUACAGAUGGCGUGGGUGGUAAUGCCAGGUCCUGGGCUAGCGCUGCCAAGGCGGGCAUGAAGCAAGCAGCUGCCCCUCAGGAGAAAGCCAGACCUUGUACCUUUCAGCAGAUAGAUACCAUUAACAGAGCCAAAGGCCUGGCUCACACUGAAGGAUAUCUGGGCCGAUUUGAGGUCUGA